AUGGGCUCCUUCUCCACCACCACCGUGGGCUUCCUCCUUCUCCUGGCAUUUCAACUCCCAGGUCAAAUCAGAGUGAACCCUGUGUACACAUCCGUGUCCAACGCAGACCUGAUGGAUUUCAAGAAUUUGCUGGACCGUUUGGAAGACAAGAUGCCUUUAGAAGAUGAGGUCAUGCCCCCACAAGUACUAAAUGAGCAGAAUGAUGAGGCUGGGGUGGCUCUCAGCUCCCUCCCUGAGGUGCCUCCGUGGACCAGGGAGGUCAGCCCAGCCCAGCGAGAUGGCGAUGCCCUUGGGAGGGGCUCCUGGGACCCCUCUGAAAGAUCUGCCCUCCUGAAAAGCAAGCUGAGGGCACUGCUCACUGCCCCUCGGAGCCUGCGGAGGUCCAGCUGCUUCGGGGGCAGGAUUGACAGGAUUGGAGCCCAGAGUGGCUUCGGCUGCAACAGUUUCCGGUACCGAAGAUAA